GGGGGAGCGGGCUCCGGGCGGUAGGCGGGGCUUCGCUGAGGACCCCGGGUUGGGCGCCGCCGCCGGUUCGUCUACCCUUUCCCUCAGCCGCCUCCUUUCAACCUUGUCCGCCGGUCGGCGCGGCCUGUGGUGCAGCGGCAGCGUCUCCCGUUCCUGCCGCAGCGCUCUCCCCUCCUUCCCUCCCCACCAGAUCCCCGAGUUCGCCCGACAUGGCUUUACUCACUGCUGCCGCCCGGCUCUUCGGAGCCAAGAAUGCAUCCUGUCUUGUUCUUGCUGCCCGGCAUGCCAGCACUUCCUCCACGAAUCUGAAAGAUAUAUUGGCUGACCUGAUACCGAAGGAGCAGGCCAGAGUUAAGACCUUCAGGCAGCAACAUGGCAGCACGGUGGUGGGCCAAAUUACUGUGGACAUGAUGUAUGGUGGCAUGAGGGGCCUGAAGGGAUUGGUAUAUGAAACAUCAGUUCUUGAUCCUGAUGAGGGCAUCCGUUUCCGUGGCUACAGUAUCCCUGAAUGCCAGAAACUGCUGCCCAAGGCUAAGGGUGGAGAAGAACCCCUGCCAGAGGGCUUAUUUUGGCUGCUGGUAACUGGAAAAAUCCCAACAGAGGAACAGGUAUCUUGGCUCUCAAAAGAAUGGGCAAAGAGGGCAGCUCUGCCUUCCCAUGUGGUCACCAUGCUAGACAACUUUCCCACCAAUCUACACCCCAUGUCUCAGCUCAGUGCAGCCGUCACAGCCCUCAACAGUGAAAGUAACUUUUCCCGAGCAUAUGCAGAGGGUAUCAACCGAACCAAGUACUGGGAGUUGAUUUAUGAAGACUGUAUGGAUCUGAUCGCAAAGCUGCCUUGUGUUGCGGCAAAGAUCUACCGGAAUCUCUACCGGGAGGGCAGCAGUAUUGGGGCCAUUGAUUCUAAGCUGGACUGGUCUCACAAUUUCACCAACAUGUUAGGCUAUACUGAUGCUCAGUUCACCGAGCUCAUGCGCUUGUACCUCACCAUCCACAGUGACCAUGAGGGUGGCAAUGUAAGUGCCCAUACCAGCCACUUGGUGGGCAGUGCCCUUUCGGAUCCCUACCUGUCCUUUGCAGCAGCCAUGAACGGGCUGGCGGGGCCCCUCCAUGGACUGGCAAAUCAGGAAGUACUUGUUUGGCUGACACAAUUACAGAAGGAAGUAGGCAAAGAUGUGUCAGAUGAGAAGUUACGAGACUACAUCUGGAACACACUCAACUCAGGACGGGUUGUCCCAGGCUAUGGCCAUGCAGUACUAAGGAAGACUGAUCCACGAUAUACCUGUCAGAGAGAGUUUGCUCUGAAACACCUGCCUCAGGACCCCAUGUUUAAGCUGGUUGCUCAGCUGUACAAGAUUGUCCCCAGUGUCCUCUUAGAGCAGGGCAAGGCCAAGAAUCCUUGGCCCAAUGUAGAUGCUCAUAGUGGGGUGCUGCUCCAGUACUAUGGCAUGACGGAGAUGAAUUACUACACAGUCCUGUUUGGGGUGUCGCGGGCACUGGGUGUACUAGCACAGCUCAUCUGGAGCCGAGCCCUAGGCUUCCCUCUAGAGAGGCCCAAGUCCAUGAGCACGGAUGGUCUGAUGAAGUUUGUGGACUCUAAGUCAGGGUAAAACUAGGGGGAAACUAACCACCGGAAAGUGGGGGAGCUUAAAAAAAGUACACUUUAGUUUUGUUUCAGGGGGCUUUUAAAGACUUAAGGUUAAAUUGUAUCUGAGGCACUGAUAAUAAGUUUGAGGUUAAAAUAAUUUUAAAUUAAGACUUUAAAAAAUGAAAAGUGACCCCUUCUUCCUUAACCAGCUCCUUUCCCCUGCCUGGUAUAAAUUGCCCAUCAACUGCAGGAUGACCAGGAGUAAUGCAUGUGGUAUGGGUUAGGUUUGGCCCCCCUGCCAUCUCUAGAGUGAGAAUCUGGCUCCUCUUUCCCUGGGUCAAAGCUGCUUGCAGAGAAUCUGCAGUCACUUCAGAGCUUUUGGUUCUACUCUCCCCAGCCCUCAAUCUGCCCCUUCUGUUUCCAUAGGAAUCAUGUUGGAUUGUCGGCUGUACUGAGCCCCAUUGCCCUCUCCCAUGCACACAGACACUUCCUAGCAAGACCUAUUGGUUAGCUGGACUUUUUUUUAUGCUAUCAGGUGACCAAAAAAGGCCAUGGCAUUUGUUGUGACUGGCACCUAGUGUUUGAUUUUUUUUUUUUUUUUUUUUAAUUAUCCCAUGUAUAUUAAGAUCUGGGAGUGUUCUGUUCCCUACUACUUUAAUACUCACCUCCUUCCAGAUUUUCUGUACCUGCUGUGAGGAGGCUCUGGACCUACCCCCCUUGGUCCCUAGUAGAGACAUCUUUCAGCAGGUUGUAUAUAACCACUGUGUGAUCUGUGGUCUUUCCCAGUCAUUUGGCUUUAUCAGUGCUUAACAUGAACUCAGCUUUUUACUUCCACAGAACACAAGCCACUACCCUCUGACCAUUUUUUCCCUCCUUUAUUUUAAUGUGCUGUGUGCUGUGGGCCAUAGAAUAAGGGUCUUAGGAAUGACCAGCAUGAUAUCCUCAUGGUCUGGUCCCAGGGGUAUAGCACCUCUUUCUGAGCAGGCAUAUGAUUUAAGAUUGGACAUGAUCUCCUUUGAAUAUCAAGUCCUGGGGCUGAGGGCAUUAAAAAUAGUAGGCCUCCCUCCUCAUCCCCUGCCACAGGAAAAUAUCCCUUUAUUUAUCAAGGUCCUUUUCCCGCCCCUUCUGCAAGAGUUCACAGUACAGUGUUUAUUUUCGAAGCCCCAUUUGCACAGGUUUUCAGUGACUCAGAAUGCUCUACUGCCUUUUCUUUGAGAAAGGAUUGAAAUACACUCCUGCUGUGCCCCCUUCCUCUCUUGCAACUCCUGCCUGUGUUUGUGUGGAUCCCUAAUCCCCAGAACCACGCUGUUGAGAUGGACACACUGUAUACCCCUGGGUAACUGUCAAGUCUUGAUGCAGACUUCAGGUUGUUCUGUAUAAAAUGCAAAAUAAAUGUUUUUAUUAACAAUGCUUGAGCCCACUAUUAAAUAAAGCCUGGAA